CUGUGGGGUUGUAUGGGGUACUAUGGGGUGGCUGUGGGGCUGUAUGGGGCAGCUAUGGGGUGGCUAUGGGGCUGUAUGGGGCAGCUAUGGGGUGCUAUGGGGUGGCUAUGGGGCUGUAUGGGGUGCUAUGAAGUGGCUGUGGGGCUGUAUGGGGCAGCUAUGGGGUGCUAUGGGGUGGCUAUGGGGCCGUAUGGGGCACUAUGGGGUGGCUGUGGGACUGUAUGGGGCAGCUAUGGGGUGCUAUGGGGUGGCUGUGGGGCUGUAUGGGCAUUAUGGGGUGCUGUGGGGUGGCUAUGAGGCUGUAUGGGGUGCUAUGGGGUGGAUAUGGGGCUGUAUGGGGCAGCUAUGGGGUGCUAUGGGGUGGCUAUAUGGGGUGCUAUGGGGCAGCUAUGGGGCGGCUGUGGGGUUGUAUGGGGUGCUAUGGGGUGGCUGUGGGGCUGUAUGGGGCAGCUAUGGGGUACUAUGGGGUGGCUAUGGGGCUGUAUGGGGUACUAUGGGGUGGCUAUGGGGCUGUAUUGGGCAGCUGUGGGGUGCUGUGGGGCUGUAUGGGGCAGCUAUGGGGUGCUAUGGGGUGGCUGUGGGGCACUAUGGGGUGCUAUGGGGCGCUAUGGGGUGCUGUGGGGUGGCUGUGGGGCUGUAUGGGGCAUUAUGGGGUGCUAUGGGGUGGCUAUGGGGCUGUAUGGGGCACUAUGGGGUGCUAUGGGGUGGCUAUGGGGCUGUAUGGGGCACUAUGGGGUGCUAUGGGGUGGCUAUAUGGGGUGCUAUGGGGUGGCUCUGGGGUUGUAUGGGGUGCUAUAGGGUGGCUCUGGGGCACUGUGGGGCAGCUAUGGGGUACUAUGGGGUGGCUGUGGGGCUGUAUGGGGCACUAUGGGGUGGCUAUAUGGGGUGCUAUGGGGCAGCUAUGGGGCGGCUGUGGGGCUGUAUGGGGUGCUACGGGGUGGCUGUGGGGUGUUAUGGGGUGGCUGUGGGUCCCUAUGGGCACUAUGGGAUAUCAAGGGGUGGCUGUGGGGUUGUAUGGAGCACUGUGGGGCAGCUGUGGGGCAGCUGUGGGGCACUAUGGGUCCCUAUGGGGACCUGUGGGUCUUUAAGGGUCGCUGUGGGUCCCUAUGGGGUCUCUAUGGGGUCGCUGUGGGGCACUGUGGCUCCCUAUGGGUCUCUGUGGGUCUCUGUGGGUCCCUGUGGGGUCCCUAUUGGUCCCUAUGGGUCUCUGUGGGUCCCUAUGGGGUCUCUUGGGUCUCUAUGUGUCCUUGUAGGUCCCUAUGGGGUCUCUAAGGGUCCCUAUGGGCUCUCUAUGGGGUCCCUAAGGGUUCCUAUGGGUCCUUAUGGGGUCCCUAUGGGGUCCCUGUGGGUUCCUAUGGGGUCCCUAUUGGUCUUUAAGGGUCCCUAUGGGGUCUCUUGGGUCUCUAGGGGUCUCUGUAGGGCUCUGUGGGUCCCUGAGUCCCUAUGGCUUUCUAGGGGUCCCUAUGGGUCUCUGUAGGUCUCUGUGGGUCCCUAUGGGGUCUCUUGGGUCUCUAUGGGUCUCUGUAGGUCUCUGUGGGUCCCUAUGGGGUCCUUAUGGGUCUUUUUGGGUCCCUAUCGGUCCCUUUGGGGUCUCUAAGGGUCCCUAUAGGUCUCUAUGGGUCCCUAUGAGUCCCUAUGGCUUUUGAGGGGUCCCUAUGGGUCCCUAUUGGUCUCUAAGGGUCCCUGUGGAUCCCUAUGGGGUCUCUAUGGGGUCCCUGUGGGUCCCUAUGUGUCCCUGUAGUUUCCUAUGGGGUCUGUGUGGGUCCUUAUGGGUCCCUAUGGGUCCCUAUUGGUCCCUAUUGGUCCCUAUGGGGUCUCUUGGGUCCCUAUGUGUCCCUGUAGGUCCCUAUGGGGUCUGUGUGUGUCCCUAUGGGUCCCUAUUGGUCCCUAUUGGUCCCUAUGGGGUCUCUCGGGUCCCUAUGUGUCCCUGUGGGUCUCUGUGGGUCCCUAUGGGUCCCUAUGGGUCCCUAUGGCUCUCUAGGGGUCCCUAUGGGUCCCUAUUGGUAUCUAAAGGUCCCUGUGGGUCCCUAUGGGGUCCCUAUUGGUCCCUAUUGGUCCCUAUUGGUCUCUUGGGUCCCUAUGUGUCCCUGUGGGUCCCUAUGGGGUCCCUAAGUGUCCCUAUGGGUCUCUGUAGGUCUCUGUGGGUCCCUAUGAGUCCCUAUGGCUUUCUAGGGGUCCCUAUGGGUCCCUAUGGGGUCCCUAUUGGUCUCUAAGGGUCCCUGUGGGUCCCUAUGGGUCCUUGUGGGUCCCUAUGGGUCCCUAUUGGUCCCUAUUGGUCCCUAUGGGGUCUGUUGGGUCCCUAUGUGUCCCUGUGGGUCCCUGUGGGGUCUCUAAGGGUCCCUAUGCAUCUCUGUAGGCCUCUGUGGGUCCCUAUGAGUCCCUAUGGCUUUCUAGGGGUCCCUAUGGGUCCCUAUUGGUCUCUAAGGGUCCCAGUGGGUCCCUAUGGGUCCUUGUGGGUCCCUAUGGGUCCCUAUUGGUCCCUAUUGGUCCCUAUGGGGUCUCUAAGGGUCCCUAUGCAUCUCUGUAGGCCUCUGUGGGUCCCUACGAGUCUGUAUGGCUUUCUAGGGGUCCUUGUGGGUCCCUAUGGGGUCCCUAUUGGUCUCUAAGGGUCCCUGUGGUCCCAAUGGGGUCUCUAUGGGGUCCCUGUAGGUCCCUAUGGGGUCCUUAUUGAUUUUUCAGGGUCCCUAUGGGGUCUCUUGGGUCCCUGUGUGUCCCUGUAGUUUCCUAUGGGGUCUCUGUGGGUCCCUAUGGGUCUCUAUGGAGUCUCUUGAGUCCCUACGUGUCCCUGUGGGUUUCUGUGGGUCCCUAUGGGUCCCUAUGGCUCUCUAUGGAUCCCUAUGGCUUUCUAGGGGUCCCUAUGGGUCUCUAUUGGUAUCUAAAAGUCCCUGUGGGUGCCUAUGGGUCCCUAUUGGUCUCUAAGGGUCCCAGUUGGUCCCUAUGGGUCCCUAUGGGUCCUUGUGGGUCCCUAUUGGUCCCUAUUGGUCUGUAAGGGUCCCUAUGGGGUCUCUUGGGUCUUUAUGUGUACCUGUAGGGCUCUGUUGGUCCCUAUGAGUCCCUAUGGGUCCCAGUUGGUCCCUAUGGGUCUGUAAGGGUCUCUGUGGGUCCCUAUGGGGUCCGUAUUGGUCUUUAAGGGUCCCUAUGGGGUCUCUUGGGUCCCUAUGGGUCUCUGUAGGUCUCUGUGGGUCCCUAUGGGGUCCUUAUGGGUCUUUUUGGGUCUCUAUCGGUCUCUAAGGGUCCCUAUAAGUCUCUAUGGGUCCCUAUGAGUCCCUAUGGCUUUCGAGGGGUCCCUAUGGGUCCCUAUUGGUCUUUAAGGGUCCCUAUGGGUCUCUGUAGGUCUCUGUGGGUCCCUAUGGCUCUCUAGGGACCCCUAUGGCUUUCUUGGGGUCCCUAUGGGUCUCUAAGGGUGCCUGUGGGUCCCAGUUGGUCUCUAAGGGUCCCAGUUGGUCCCUAUGGGUCCCUAUGGGUCCUUGUGGGUCUCUAUGGGUCCCUAUUGCUCUCUAAGGGUCCCUAUGGGGUCUCUUGGGUCCCUAUGUGUCCCUGUGGGAUUCUGUGGGUCGCUAUGGAUCCCUAUGGCUCUCUAUGGAUCCCUAUGGCUUUCUAGGGGUCUCUAUGUGGUCUCUGUGGGUCCCUGUGGUUCCCUAUGGGGUCUGUAUGGGGUCCCUAUGGGGUCUCUUUGGGUCCCUUAGGGUUCCUAUGGGCCCUUAUGGGGUCCCUAUGGGGUCUCUAUGGGGUCCCUUUGGGGUCUCUAUGGGGUCCCUAUGGGUCCUAUUGGUCCCUAUUGGUCUGUAGGGGUCCCUGUGGGUCCCCAUGGGGUCCCUCUUGGUCUUUAAGGGUCCCUAUGGGGUCUCUUGGGUCUCUAUGGGUCUCUGUAGGUCUCUGUGGGUCCCUAUGGGGUCCUUAUGGGUCUUUUUGGGUCCCUAUCGGUCCCUUUGGGGUCUCUAAGGGUCCCUAUAGGUCUCUAUGGGUCCCUAUGAGUCCCUAUGGCUUUUGAGGGGUCCCUAUGGGGUCCCUAUUGGUCUUUAUGGGUCCCUAUGGGUCUCUGUAGGUCUCUGUGGGUCCCUAUGGCUCUCUAGGGGUCCCUAUGGCUUUCUAGGGGUCCCUAUGGGUCCCUAUGGGGUCCCUAUUGGUCUCUAAGGGUCCCUGUGGAUCCCUAUGGGGUCUCUAUGGGGUCCCUGUGGGUGUCUAUGGGGUCUCUGUGUGUCCCUAUGGGGUCCCUAUUGGUCUCUAAGGGUCCCUAUGGGUCUCUGUAGGUCUCUGUGGGUCCCCAUGGCUCUCUAGGGACCCCUAUGGCUUUGUAGGGGUCCCUAUGGGUCUCUAUGGGUGCCUAUGGGUCCCUAUUGGUCUCUAAGGGUCCCUAUGGGUCCCUAUGGGUCCUUGUGGGUCCCUAUGGGGUUGCUAUUGGUCUCUAAGGGUCCCUAUGGGGUCUCUUGGGUCCCUACGUGUCCCUGUGGGUCCCUAUGGGUCUCUAUGGGUGUCUAUGGGUCCCUAUGGGUCUCUAUGGGUCCCUAUGGGUCUCUAUGGGUCCCUAUGGGGUCCCUAUUGGUCUCUAGGAGUCCCUGUGGGUCCCUAUGGGGUCCCUUAUGAGGUCUCUGUUGGGUCUCUAUGGGGUUUAUGUGGGUCCCUAUGGGGUCCCUACUGGUCAUUAAGGUUCUCUGUAGUUCCCUAUGGGUCCCUGCGGGUCCCUAUGGAGUCUCUAUGGGGUCCCUUUGGGGUCUCUAUGCGGUCCCUAUGGGUCCUAUUGGUCCCUAUUGGUCUGUAGGGGUCCCUGUGGGUCCCUAUGGGGUCCCUGUUGGUCUUUAAGGGUCCCUAUGGGGUCUCUUGGGUCCCUUUGUGUCCCUGUAGGUCCCUAUGGGGUCUCUUGGGUCCCUAUGCAUCUCUGUAGGCCUCUGUGGGUCCCUAUGAGUCUGUAUGGCUUUCUAGGGGUCCUUGUGGGUCCCUAUGGGGUCCCUAUUGGUCUCUAAGGGUCCCUGUGGUCCCAAUGGGGUCUCUAUGGGGUCCCUGUGGGUCCCUAUGGGGUCCUUAUUGAUUUUUAAGGGUCCCUAUGGGGUCUCUUGGGUCCCUAUGUGUCCCUGUGGGUCUCUGUGGGUCCCUAUGGGUCCCUAUUGGUAUCUAAAGGUCCCUAUGUGCCCCUAUUGGUCUCUAGGGGUCCCUAUGGGGUCUCUUGGGUCCCUUUGUGUCCCUGUGGGUCCCUAUGGGGUCUCUAAGGGUCCCUAUGGGUCUCUGUAGGCCUCUGUGUGUCCCUAUGAGUCCCUAUGGCUUUCUAGGGGUCCCUAUGGGUCCCUAUGGGGUCCCUAUUGGUCUCUAAGGGUCCCUGUGGGUCCCUAUGGGGUCCCUAUUGAUUUUUAAGGGUCCCUAUGGGGUCUCUCGGGUCCCUAUGUGUCCCUGUGGGUCUCUGUGGGUCCCUAUGGGUCCCUAUGGCUCUCUAUGGAUCCCUAUGGCUUUCUAGGGGUCCCUAUGGGUCCCUAUUGGUAUCUAAGAGUCCCUGUGGGUCCCUAUGGGUCCCUAUUGGUCAUUAAGGGUCCCUAUGGGGUUACUUGGGUCCCUAUGUGUCCCUGUAGGUCCCUAUGGGGUCUGUGUGGGUCCCUAUGGGUCUCUGUAGGCCUCUGUGGGUCCCUAUGAGACCCUAUGGCUUUCUAGGGGUCCCUAUGGGUCCCUAUGGGGCCCCUAUUGGUCUCUAAGGGUCCCUGUGGGUCCCAGUGGGGUCUCUAUGGGGUCCCUGUGGGUCCCUAUGGGUCCCUAUUGGUCUCUAGGGGUCCCUAUGGGGUCUCUUGGGUCCCUAUGUGUCCCUGUAGGUCCCUAUGGGGUCUCUGUGGGUCCCUAUGGGUCUCUGUAGGUCUUUGUGGGUCCCUAUGGCUGUCUAGGGGUCCCUAUGGCUUUCUAGGGGUCCCUAUGGGUCCCUAUUGGUCUCUAAGGGUCCUUGUGGGUCCCUAUGGGGUCCCUAUUGAUUUUUAAGGGUCCCUAUGGGGUCUCUUGGGUCCCUAUUGGUCCCUAUUGGUCUCUAGCGGUCUCUGUGGGUCCCUAUGGGGUCUCUAUGGGUCCCUAUGUGUCCCUGUGGGUCCCUAUGUGUCCCUAUGGGUCCCUAUGGCUCUCUAUGGAUCCCUAUGGCUUUCUAGGGGUAUCUAUAGGUCCCUAUUGGUAUCUAAAGGUCCCUGUGGGUCCCUAUGGGGUCCCUCUUGGUCUUUAAGGGUCCCUAUGGGGUCUCUUGGGUCUCUAGGGGUCUCUGUAGGUCUCUGUGGGUCCCUAUGGGGUCCUUAUGGGUCUUUUUGGGUCCCUAUCGGUCCCUUUGGGGUCUCUAAGGGUCCCUAUAGGUCUCUAUGGGUCCCUAUGAGUCCUAUGGCUUUUGAGGGGUCCCUAUGGGGUCCCUAUUGGUCUUUAUGGGUCCCUAUGGGUCUGUGUAGGUCUCUGUGGGUCCCUAUGGCUCUCUAGGCGUUCCUAUGGCUUUCUUGGGGUCCCUAUUGGUCUUUAAGGGUCCCUAUGGGGUCUCUUGGGUCCCUACGUGUCCCUGUGGGUCCCUAUGGGGUCUCUAAGGGUCCCUAUGGCUCUCUAGGGAUCCCUAUGGCUUUCUAGGGGUCCCUAUGCGUCCCUAUUGGUCUCUAGGGGUCCCUAUGGGGUCCCUUAUGGGGUCUCUGUUGGGUCUCUAUGGGGUUUAUGUGGGUCCCUAUGGGGUCCCUACUGGUCUCUAAGGUUCUCUGUAGGUCCCUAUGGGGUCCGAAUGGUUCCCUAUGGGUCCCUGUGGGUCCCUAUGGGGUCCCUAUGGGGUCUCUUGGGUCCCUAUGUGUCCCUGUGGGUCCCUGUGGGUCCCUAUGGGUCCCUAUGGCUCUCUAUGGAUCCCUAUGGCUUUCUAGGGGUCCCUAUGGGUCCCUAUUGGUAUCUAAAGGUCUCUGUGGGUCCCUAUGGCUCUCUAUGGAUCCCUAUGGCUCUCUAGGGGUCUCUAUGGGUCCCUAUUGGUCUCUAAAGGUCCCUGUGGGUCCCUAUGGGGUCCCUAUUGGUCUCUAGGGGUUCCUAUGGGGUCUCUUGGGUCCCUAUGUGUCCCUGUAGUCCCUAUGGGGUCUCUAAGGGUCCCUAUGGGUCUCUGUGGGUCCCUGUGGGUCCCUCUGGCUCUCUAGGGACCCCUAUGGCUUUCUAGGGUCCCUAUGGGUCCCUAUUGGUCUCUUUGAGUCCCUAUGGGUCCCUAUGGGUCCUUGUGGGUCCCUAUGGGGUUGCUAUUGGUCUCUGUGGGUCCCUAUAGGGUCUGCGUGGGUUCCUAUGGGUCUCUGUAGGUCUUUGUGGGUCCCUAUGCGUCCCUAUGGCUCUCUAUGGACCCCUAUGGCUUUCUAGGGGUCCCUAUGGGUCCCUAUUGGUAUCUAAAGGUCCCUGUGGGUCCCUAUGGGGUCCCUAUUGGUCUCUAGGGGUCCCUAUGGGGUCUCUUGGGUCCCUAUGGGUCUCUGUGUGUCCCUGUGGGUCCCUAUGGGGUCUCUAAGGGUCCCUAUGCAUCUCUGUAGGCCUCUGUGGGUCCCUAUGAGUCUGUAUGGCUUUCUUAGGGGUCCCUAUGGGUCCCUAUGGGGUCCCUAUUGGUCUCUAAGGGUCCCUGUGGGUCUCUAUGGGGUCCCUAUUGAUUUUUAAGGGUCCCUACGGGGUCUCUUGGGUCCCUAUGUGUCCCUGUAGGUCCCUAUGGGGUGUGUGUGGGUCCCUAUGGGUCCCUAUUGGUCCCUAUUGGUCCCU